AUGGAAAUUGGAAUCCCUGCUGGAUUUGCUCGUCCAAGGGAAAUAGUUGGAUUGCAUAGAGAUGACAGGUACAUGAAUAAUUGCAUUGGUUGGAACUUGGAAGUAGCCGGCGCCUGGUGGCAUGGAGCUGUGGUGAUUGGUGGGCCGGGUAUGGUUAUGAAAUUCCAACACUCAAUUGUUAGAAGUAGGGAUGGGAAAUGUAAGCCGAUAAAAUUUGAUGAGACAGAUGUGAGUUCUGAAUGGCCUACCGAAUCUGAAUCUUUGCCUCUUCUCUUGGAUGAUUCAUGGUUGGGCAAUCUACCCCUUGAACGCAAAGGACCAAGGAAUCUAAAAACGAACAGUAGGGUUGCCUCAGUGUUCUAUUGCCAAAAUCCUGGAUACAACAAGAUGAAAGACGAAUUGCACAAAUCAAUACUGUUCAAUGCGAUGAGAGACCUGAACAGAAAUGAAGACGACAAUAAGUCGAUUGCUAGUUUAAAAAUGACUAUUAUGCUGUGUGAGGAUAAUGGAGAGACAAGAACUACGAUUGCUGCCUGGACAAACAGUAGAGGAAAUUACAAAAAUGUAGUGGGUCGGGGACUUAAGAGAGAGGAGAGGAGAGGAGAGGAACCAAGUUGUGAAGCAGUUCUGGAAUGUUGUGGAGCAGCUUUUGGGAGUCAUCAUGAGCCAGAUGCAUCGGAUUUUUUCCCAGGCACUGCUUGGUUGACUAGGUGGGCUACAGCAGAUGGAAAUGAUGAUAUUAUGGGUACUACAAUUAUAUUGUGGAAGAGGGACUCAAAUUAA